GCACUCUCUUCAGGGUCGAGGGAGAUUCGAACCUGGAAGCGGAACCAAAACACGAGUCAUCCGCUGGAAGUUCUGCAUUUACUGAGCCAUCUGUGUCGGCUGGUUGGGCUGUGACAACUACUUGGACUUUGUUAAAAUAACAAGCUGCUAGGCAGCUGACAUUGCGAAAACAGUGUAUGGACGCUAGAAAUAGAGACAGCACAGCAAACGCGUGCUGGUAAUUCUGCAUUUCCUGCGGCCAUCGGACUCAUGUUACUCCACAAUCCGACCGAUUUUGCCUUUGGAGGGAUUACUGCGCCCGUUUUGUUUGCGUCAUCAAAUCUGCGAUAGCCGGAAAUAAAUAGCUUUUCCGAAAUAAAAUUCAUAAAGGGAUGCCAGUAGUCAGCUUAGUGGCUAAUUUGCAUUUUUUUUUUUUUUUAGAAGACGCUUAUAAGAACAGAAUGGUUGAAUGAGUCAGAGAAAGAAGCAAUAAAACGCUUUAGAUAACGCUGGAGAACUUAUCGGAAAAGGUAGUAAUUUCAGUAGUUAUGUGCGGAUCGCUAGCUUGAUCGACUUCUCAUGCUGCUUGGCUCUUCCUCUUUUUAACUGCGUGAGUAUGGAGCUCGUGCAACCUCCAGACAAUACAGGCGCCCCGCCUUUGCCUUUCAAAACACCUAUUCCCGCCGGACGCUGUGGCAGGUAGUCAGAGAGGGCUGCUCGGCAGCAUGCGGUCAGAUGUUGAGUACAGCCCGGUGGGAGAAGGGCUGGGGAUGCGGGACUUCUGGCUGUACGUGUGGCUGCGGAGAGUGGCGGUGAUGGCGACUCAUGUCACCAGCCUGGGCCUGACCCUCGUCGUUUCCCUGCUGUCUAGACCCGGAACCAGCCUGUUCUCUUGGCAUCCAAUGUGUAUGUCUGUCGCUUACUGCCUGUGCAUGACUGAAGGUAUCCUCCUGUUCUCAGCAGAAGGAUCUCUUUUCUGCUUCAAGUCUCGGAAGAUUAAAGUCCGUCUCCACUGGUUCUGUCAGGCUCUGGUCCUGAUAGCUGCAGUCACUGGGCUUUGCUUCAUCGUGGGCAGCAAGAAUGUGUCAGAGCUCCAACACCUGGCCUCCUGGCACAGCCUGUUGGGUGUGUGCACCCUGACUGCCACCGUGCUCCAAGCGGCUUGUGGCAUCUGUUUGAUUUUCCCUAAGCUGCUGUGUCUAUCCUGCCCCUCAGCCAGACUGAAGUUGUACCACGCCACCUGUGGCCUGGUGGUUUACCUGCUGGCGACAGUGACUGUGAUCUCUGCCAUGUUCACUGACUGGUUCCAGGCCGCAGUGAAGGGAGUAGCAUGGUGGGCCUUCCUCCUACUGCCCCUCUUCCCUGCCUUGGUGGUGAUGAGCCAGAUCACUAAUGCCUAUCUCCCCCGCAAGAAGCUGACCAGCUAAGAAACACUGAACAAUGGGUCAGAGUAGUAGAUGUAAGAGUCCUCCACUGCAGAGGGAAUAACUAAAACAAACAGUCCCCUUUAAUUUGCACCUUUUGAAAGAAAGUUUAGAAACUUGGAAUUUAUCUUCACUGCUUGAAAAUCUUUGCCAGUUACUGAGCUGUCAUUUUUAUUUCAUUAAGUUCCUGGACUAUUGAAAGAAGUGAUUCUAGUGUAUAUGUUUUGAGCAGGUCUUUUUCAGGGUGUUUUAUUUGACUGUAUGCGCAAUUUUUCAAAAUGUUCAUGUUGAUA